AGAGGAUCCCUCCCGGGGUCCGGCACGUGCGGCGUCAGGCUUGCGGCGCGCGCGCCCCUCUACCGGCCCCGGGGUCGCCGCGCCCACGCCCGGGGGCCCCCACCCGGCUGGGGCGGAGCGGUCAGGCGCGCCUGGCCGCCGCGGUCGGGGUGCGGGCGGGGCGGCGGGCGCCUCUGCCCGCCCCCGCCGCCCCCGCGGUGCUCGCUCCUCCCCGGCGCACACGCCCACACGGCCGCGCUCGGGGCGCGGGCGGGCGGCAGCGCUCGCCAGCCAGCCGGGGGCCCCGGGACGGCGCGCAGGGCCGGGCUGCGCAGGAGACCUGCAAGCCAGAGCUGGGCGAGACCGUCGUCUUCCACGCCUCCCUCUUUCUCUUUAAAGAAACUGCCGUGUUCUCGCUUGAACUGGGAGAAGCGAGGGGUGACGCAGAGGCAUUACUGACGAGCCUUGAAGUUCCGGGCAAGUCAUUCUACAAGACCCGCGAGGCCCGGCGUGAACCCAGCGCCCGCGCGGGUCAGCCUGGCAGCGCCCUUCGGUAAGCGGCCCGAAGCCAAGCCGAGGGCCCCUGACUUUGCUUCUGGAGCAAUGACACUACCGGUGGCCUGCACUCAGGUGGCCUCGUUUGGUGAGCACCCCCAGCAGGUAAGCGCACCCGCAGGGGUCUCCGGUGGCUCACUGUGUGAGAGGGAUCUUGCGCUCCCCAAAAGUCAGCCCGCGCUGUUGAGCCGCAGGCAGGAGUGGGAGGCUGGAGGGGGGAAGUCUGGUUUUAUCACAGGAAACUGUGGGAGAAGGGUGUGGAACACGGGUUUACAUUUUUCAUUUUUGCACUGACGCGUGGGGGUGAGGUGCGCAGGGGCCUGGAUUUUUGUAGGAGAUGGUUGCGGAGCGGGGCCGGGUGAUAGGCGUCUGGAUCUCUGCAGACACUGAAGGGGGAGCAAAGCUUACAUGUUUGCAGAAACCUCUGAGGAUCGACAGGGUGGUGAGAGGUUGUGAUCCCGAGAAUGCUCCAGAAAUUGUAAAGAGUUUGAAGUAACCCGUGUUUCUGGUGGAUUCCCUCCCGGCCUUUGGGAUGCCCGCCUGGGACAACAGCGCAUCCGCUAUCUACGAGGUGACCCAUGGGGUGUGAAUCGCUGCCCGAUGUCGGUGCUGCGACAGUGACCCGGGGGGACACACACCUUCCCUCGUGGGACGCAGGUGCCCGUGGUCAUGGAGCGGAGUUUCCUAAGCGGCAUUUGAGGUCUGGUCGCCGCGGUGGCUCGGAGGCGCGGAGGCCAGCGCGAUGGAGGAGGACACUGAACUGAGAACCGACGGAAACUCACUCUUAAAGGCUGUGUGGCUGGGGAGGCUCAGGCUGACCAGACUCCUCCUGGAAGGGGGCGCUUACAUCAAUGAGAGCAAUGACAAAGGCGAGACGGCUCUCAUGGUGGCCUGCAUCACCAAGCACGUGGACCAGCAGAGCAUCAGCAAGUCCAAGAUGGUCAAGUACCUGCUGGACAACAGGGCGGACCCCAAUAUCCAGGACAAGUCUGGCAAGACGGCCCUCAUCCACGCCUGCAUCAGGAGGGCCGGAGGAGAGGUGGUCUCCCUGCUCCUGGAGAACGGCGCGGACCCCAGCCUCGAGGACCGCACGGGGGCUUCGGCUCUGGUUUACGCGAUACACGCGGAUGACAAAGACGCCCUGAGACAUCUCCUCGACGCCUGCAAAGCCAAAGGGAAGGAGGUGAUUAUCAUCACGACAGAUAAAUCAUCAGCAGGCGCCCAAACCGCCAAACAGUACCUUAACGUCCCUCCGUCACCCAAAGUGGAAGACAGACAGUCACCUCCCCUGUGCGCGUCUCCCUCGGACGUCGAACUGAAGGCUCCGGGCCUGGGCGCUCCGCCCAGUGAGCGGGAGGACGACUUCUUCAGCGUCCAAACGGGGCAUCCGAGUGGUUGCCACACCGCCAAGGCUCUCAACGAGCCUGGGUCACCCACCAGGAAAGUUGGGAACCUCAAGAGAGCCCGCCUGCCCCAGCUGAAGAGGCUCCAGUCCGAACCCUGGGGCCUGAUUGCGCCAUCCGUGCUGGCUGCUAACGUGCGUCAGGAUGACGCCCACGGCGCGGGCACAGACAGUGAGGUCAUCAAGAGCAUUAGCGACGUGUCCUUCCCCAAAAGGGGGCCGCUCUCCAGAGCCAGCAGUAUCGACGGCAAAGACCCCGCCCUGUUCCCCACAUUCACAGAGCAGAUUCUGAAGAUCCCAGCCUCGCCGGCACCCGCAUCCUGGAAGGCCGCCUACGACAAGGGCCAGGCGUCCCACCCUCGUGUGGCCAGAAGAGGGACUCUCCCUGUGGAGCAGGAGAAGGCUGGAGUCAGUCCAUCAGUGUCCCGCAAGCGGCUGGAAAAUGACCCGUACGAUUUCGAUCUGCAGCCAGGGGCUGACCAGCUCAAUCCCGUCUCCCUGGAGUCGGGCAAAGGGCCCCUCGAGAGGAAGAGGCUGAACGGCUCCCACGUGGCUCUCUUCCACGGCUCCCGCGAGUCCCUGGACGUGGCGCCCAGCACCUCCCCCAGCUCGGCGCGCCCCAGGCCACCACCUCUUCUGGAAAGGCGAGGUUCUGGGACUCUGCUGCUGGACCGCAUCUCGCACACCAGGCCCGGCUUCCUUCCCCCUUUAAACGUAAAUCUGAACCCACCCAUCCCAGAUAUCAGGCCCGGCGGCAAACCUUCUUCUCCACUUGCCAGCGGCCUAAAAUCCAUGCUGCCCGUGGCUCCCAGCUCACCGAAGAGAGCUGACUCGAGGAGUCAAAAGAAAGUACUCCGGAGGCACUCCAUGCAGGUCGAGCAUGUGAAACAGCUGUCUGGCUUUGAGGAGAUCAUGGCCUAGACACUUCCAGAGGGUCUCCACGUACCCGACGACAGGCACCAUAAUCCGGACCAACACAGCCGUGUGGGCCCUCUUCCUCCCGCCCGUCCCCCCGUGCUGCUGUGCGGUCCGCCUCACAGGGUACGGAACAGGGCCCCGCUUCCCUUCUGAAAUGAUCGUGGGUUGUUACGGGUUUGCUUGAAAAUGGCUCAGGGUAAUUGGGUUCUGGGGAUGAGGUUACCGAGAAUAAAUUUCUCCAAAGGAAGAAAACCUUUGGGGUUUGAAAGUAACGCAGCUGGUACGGUGACCUAGGCCCCUGACAUCAGUUCCUUUCCACCAGGCAAACUAGAAUUUAGAUCCCAGGACGGCAGUGAAAGCAUGCCCUUAGUACUAAAUCUAUAAAGUGCCUACAAAGGAAAUGAGGCUUUAGAAUUUGUCACGUGUGCAAAAGCUCGAAACUGGCCCCUGAGCUGUGAGAUCUGGCAAGCUGCAUGUUAUGUGUCAGCCCAAGGUGGAGAAGGGGGGACAGAGCCCCCAUCAGAAGCACCAGAAGGCGGGGAAGGGGGGGAGGCCCCCUUCCAUCACGGGGGCUCUGGCUCCCUGUCACCGGGUCAUGGGGCAGUGUCCUGCUUGGCACGGUCACGGUCUUCCCAAACCCCCGUAUCACACUGUGUUCACGUGCUCAUCUGGAUGUGCUAUGAGUCCCCAGAUACAACUACAUGUCCCCCAAAUUCCGAUGGGCCGUCGUCAUCGGUGCGUUGGACGUGAAAUUGGCCUCAUCCGCCUGCCCUGACACGAGCCGUGCCAAAAUCUUGGGAAAACACAGCCAGGGUCUGGUAAUUAAUUUGGAGGUAAAUGUGAUACAGUUUCCAGAAUA